AGAGGAGGAGGAGGAGGGGGAGGAAGAGGAGAAAGGCGCAGGGGUGGGAGCUGUGCCCGAAGCUGCCACAGCAAAAGUUCUCCCCCCUCCCCCCUUCCCCUCCUCGCCAGGCCCCUAGAAAGGUUGGAGCUGCCGCCGCCUGCAGUCGGUGACCGCGCGACUCGGCGCCCGCCCGCGGAUAGAGGGAAAAAGCAGCAGCUCAGAAAUUCAGCAGAGAGAUCUGGCGGGAUGGGCAUUUGCUCAACAUAUUUUAUAGAGCAAAGAGUGGAUGGAGUUCCAUCUUUAAAAACUACACAGGCAUUUUGGACAGCACAUUCUUGACAAUGGAACCUAGACAACACUUAUCAAAUACGGAGUUGGAUGGCAUAAGUGAUUAAGGUGUUACUGAGGGUUCCUGAAGCCUAUGAAAGGUAGAAAUUCAGCCAUGAUUUCUUUUUCAACUCUACAGCAUUCCCUUCCUUGAAGUCUUCAUUUUUACCUUAGUCUCAGGCAGUUAUACUUAAGCAUGAACAUUGACGACAAACUGGAAGGAUUGUUUCUUAAAUGUGGCGGCAUAGACGAAAUGCAGUCUUCCAGGGCAAUGGUUGUAAUGGGUGGAGUGUCUGGACAGUCUACUGUGUCUGGAGAACUGCAGGAGUCAGUGCUUCAAGAUCGAAGUUUGCCUCACCCAGAGAUCCUUGCUGCAGAUGAAGUAUUACAAGAAAGUGAAAUGAGACAGCAGGAUAUGAUAUCACAUGAUGAACUCAUGGUCCAUGAGGAGACAGUGAAAAAUGAUGAAGAGCAGAUGGAAACACAUGAAAGACUUCCUCAAGGACUGCAGUAUGCACUUAAUGUCCCUAUAAGUGUAAAGCAGGAAAUUACUUUUACUGAUGUAUCUGAGCAACUGAUGAGAGACAAAAAACAAAUCAGAGAGCCAGUAGACUUACAGAAAAAGAAGAAGCGGAAACAACGUUCUCCUGCAAAAAAUGCUGUACCAGUUCCAUCCAGCUGCAGCGAACCUAAGAUCCUUACAAUAAAUGAGGAUGGAUCACUUGGUUUGAAAACCCCUAAAUCUCACGUUUGUGAGCACUGCAAUGCUGCCUUUAGAACGAACUAUCACUUACAGAGACAUGUCUUCAUUCAUACAGGCGAAAAACCAUUUCAAUGUAGUCAAUGUGACAUGCGUUUCAUACAGAAGUACCUGCUACAGAGACAUGAGAAGAUUCAUACUGGUGAAAAACCAUUUCGUUGCGAUGAAUGUGGUAUGAGAUUCAUACAAAAAUAUCAUAUGGAAAGGCAUAAGAGAACUCAUAGUGGAGAAAAACCUUACCAGUGUGAAUACUGUCUACAGUAUUUUUCCAGAACAGAUCGUGUAUUGAAACAUAAACGUAUGUGCCAUGAAAAUCAUGACAAAAAACUAAACAGAUGCGCCAUUAAAGGUGGCCUUCUGACAUCUGAGGAAGAUUCUGGCUUUUCUACAUCACCAAAAGAUAACUCACUGCCAAAAAAGAAAAGGCAGAAAGCUGAGAAGAAAUCCUCCGGAAUGGACAAAGAGAGUGCUUUGGAUAAAUCUGACCUAAAGAAAGACAAAAAUGAUUACUUGCCUCUUUAUUCUUCAAGCACUAAAGUGAAAGAUGAGUAUAUGGUAGCAGAAUAUGCUGUUGAAAUGCCACAUUCUUCAGUAGGGGGAUCGCAUUUAGAAGAUGCGUCAGGAGAAAUACACCCGCCUAAGUUGGUUCUCAAAAAAAUCAAUAGUAAGAGAAGUCUGAAACAGCCCCUGGAGCAAAAUCAAACAAUUUCGCCUUUAUCAACAUAUGAAGAGAGCAAAGUUUCCAAGUACGCUUUUGAACUGGUGGAUAAACAAGCUUUACUGGACUCAGAAGGCAAUGCUGACAUGGAUCAGGUUGAUAAUUUGCAAGAGGGGCCCAGUAAACCUGUGCACAGUAGUACUAACUAUGAUGAUGCCAUGCAGUUUUUGAAGAAGAAGCGGUAUCUUCAAGCAGCAAGUAACAACAGCAGGGAGUAUGCGCUCAAUGUGGGUACCAUAGCUUCUCAGCCUUCUGUAACACAAGCCGCUGUGGCCAGUGUCAUCGACGAAAGUACCACAUCCAUAUUAGAUUCACAGGCACUAAAUGUGGAGAUUAAGAGUAAUCAUGACAAAAAUGUUAUUCCAGAUGAGGUACUACAGACUCUGUUGGAUCAUUAUACCCAUAAAGCUAACGGACAGCAUGAGAUAUCAUUCAGUGUGGCGGAUACUGAAGUGACUUCUAGCAUAUCAAUAAAUUCUUCAGAAGUACCCGAGGUCACCCAGGCAGAGAAUGUUGGAUCAAGCUCUCAAGCAUCCUCAUCAGAUAAAGCCAACAUGUUGCAGGAGUACUCAAAGUUUCUGCAGCAGGCUUUGGACAGAACUAGCCAAAAUGAUGCCUAUUUGAAUAACCCGAGCCUUAACUUUGUGACUGAUAACCAGACCCUUCCAAAUCAGCCAGCAUUCUCCUCGAUAGACAAGCAAGUCUUUGCAGCCAUGCCCAUCAAUAGCUUUCGAUCAGGAAUGAAUUCUCCACUAAGAACAACUCCAGAUAAGUCUCACUUUGGACUAAUAGUUGGUGAUUCACAGCACUCAUUUCCCUUUUCAGGUGAUGAGACAAACCAUGCUUCUGCCACAUCAACACAGGACUUUUUGGAUCAAGUGACUUCUCAGAAGAAAGCUGAGGCUCAGCCUGUCCACCAAGCUUACCAAAUGAGCUCCUUUGAACAGCCCUUCCGUGCUCCAUAUCAUGGGUCAAGAGCUGGAAUAGCUACUCAGUUUAGCACUGCCAAUGGACAGGUGAACCUUCGGGGACCAGGGACAAGUGCUGAAUUUUCAGAAUUUCCCUUGGUGAAUGUAAAUGACAACAGAGCUGGGAUGACAUCUUCACCUGAUGCCACAACUGGCCAGACUUUUGGCUAAAAAAAAUGUGUAAAUAAUACUGGCACUUUAGAACAGAUUAAUCAAGAGUGGGGUUACUCUGUGUAAAAUGGAGUGCUGUACAGAUUUAAAAGCAAUGCGUUAUAACAAGUUAAGCUGAUACGAAUAGCAAGAUAAUCCAAUAACUGCAUUUGUCUGGUUAGUCAGCAUUCUUUGAACUGCCUUACAUGUUGUCACCUUUAUAGAAGCGAUGCAUUACUUGUUUUAGAUCAGAAACUUGCUAUUCCACCUACACCGUUAAAAAGGAAAAAAAAAAAGACUUUCGCACAAUUGUUUCCUAACUGAUAACAUUGUACAUUCUAGGAGAUUAGUAAUUGUGUGAAAUUUACUCAUAUUGUUUCUAAGUUUUUCAGCAUAGUCAUUGCACUUCAGCAGGGAAUCUGAGUAUACUUUACAGACAGAGUGAACUUAAAAGUUUAAAUGUCAAGAGAUUAUGGCUUAAAUAAAUUAGUGUGUCCUACAGGAGGAAAAAGAAACCGAGAAACUACCCUUUUAAAAAGAAUGAUAUGCCAUAUACCCUUGAUUUUCAUUUUGCAUUAUAUUGACAUGUGUUUUUUUGAAGAAAAAAGUAAUAAAAAUCUGAUAGUCUAAGACUCCACUAUUUAAAAGCCUAAUUACUUUUAAAAUAUGCAUACUUUCAAAACUUUUACCAAAAUACACAACUGUUGAAGCAUUCACUUCUCUAUGGAAGUAUGCAUAUUGAUGUCAGUUUCUUUGUACAGUUGUACCUAGAUAUUUUUUAUGAUUUUUCAUGUGCAGGUAUCAAGGUUUUGAAGUUUUAGUAAAGAAAAUAUUCUGUAGAUUACAUUCCCAAGAACUUAAUGCUUACAUAAAAUGUAUAUUCCACGUUUUGAAGCUUAAUUGUAUUUUACUUUACAUAUACACUUCAGUUAACAUAGAGCACUUAGAGUUCUAUUUGGUAUUUUUGAUUUCUCAAAAAAAUAGAUUUUUAGGGUUAAUAUGGUUGUGUCAUAAUCAUCUCAUAAUUGACAAUUUUAAUUUUGGGCAAUAAAAGGAAAAUUGGGGGUAUCUUUGAAACUGUAAAACCUGGUUUAGUCCUUCUCUUUCUAGAAUCUUGAUAGAUUGGAUAAUUAAACAAAGUACCCAGAGAAACUAAAGAAAUGGGCAUUUUAAUUGCUUAUUUUAUCUUGAGUUACCUUUUAAUGAACACUGCUCAUUACAAUUUUACAAACCAAAAGUGUUUACUAAUUCCAGUAACUACAGUUUCUUUUUCAGCUAGAUGAGUGAUCGGAAAAUUUUUGUUGCGUUUCAAAAUCUAAAUAAACUACAGACUUUAUCCUUCUACCAUGAAUGUUUUUUUUUAAUACUUUGUCUUAAAAUAAUACAGCAUGGUACAAUAAUAAAUAGUGCUUUUAUAUAUAUUAUAUAUAUAUACUUUUCUGAAGAAUGAUGGUUUGAGUUACACAUUGGACAGUUUUACUUUUUGGAAAAUAACAUUAGUUAUAUUGUUCCUAUUAUCUCUUUAAUUUGUUCCAACUUUUUGGUUUUUGUAUUUUAAAUUUCCGCCAUCUUUGUCACAAUGCACAUAUGAUACAGCACCAGUGAUAAUCUAAAAUUAUUACCUUGGAAAAUGAAACUUAAUUAUUGUUACUUUCCAUUUUUAACUUUUAUAUCGGCCCUAUAGCUCUGCAUUCUUUGUUUCAAUAUAGAAUAUUUUUCCACUUAAAUUAUUUUUUUCUUUUAUUUAAUGUUAUCCCAAAAUUGUUCUCAUAAAGAAAGGGAACAAAGAAAUAGCCACCCUUAACAUCCUUCACUUAUAUUCAUUUAUUUUGAAUAUAUUGAUGUUUUUAUGAUAAGGAAUAUAAAUUAUGUUUAAUAUGGUUUUCUUUACACUUUGGUUAUUAAGCUUUGCUUGAAAUACUCAUUUUCCCAUUUGACAGCUUUUUUUGCUGCCAAAUUUUUAAAGAAUUUUAGACUUCUUUGAAGUAAAUAUUUAAGUUCUGCCAUUAUUUACUCUUAAGAU